AUGAGAAAUCCCAGCUGGGAGUCAUGCUGCAGGCAAGGAUCAGUCCAGUUGCAACUAUUGCCUGAUACAUCUGAGUACUUGAAGGGCUUGCUCGAACGCACAGACACCCAAGGUCAUCACUUUAAAGACAACCUUCGUCAACAUAACGCUGCCUUUGCCUUUACUUCGUUGGGCUGCGAUAUUGUUUCCAACAACAAUAACAAUAGAGGUGGAUUAAAUGCCUUUCAAAUCCAUGGCGCACUUUGCCACCGUCAAGGCCCCUUGACUCUAGUUGAAGGCAGUGAGCCUUCCUACGCCCAGCUGUAUAUCUUUGAUCCAUGCUAUGCCGCUGAAAGAAGACAAGCACAAAACAACAACCUUGAUCCUGAGAUCGUUAGGGAGCUUUCGGUCAUGCUUGCUCAAUGUAACCCCUUUGCGCGUAUAUAUCGCCAUGCACACGAGAUAUUGAGCAACCAUGAGAGCAGCAACACUGUCAGUGAUGGUAAUGAUCAAAGAGAAGUUAAUGCGCCAUACAUCAGUAUCAGCCCAUCAAUGAGAAUGCGCUUAAUUGAAGGAAGCGACAGACGCACACACAACUUUCCAACAAUGGAAGGGAUUGCUGCUGUUAUACCAAUCGAAUAUAGUGACAGAAGUUUCCGUGAUAUUGUUCUUACCUUGAGAAGCAAUAGCAGUCUUCGUCAAAACACUGGAUCUGAGCAGCACUUUCAGAACAUUAUUCAGGCCCAUGCUGCAUACAUGCCAAGUCAUUAUUUACAUUUGUUUCUUCAUGAAAUAAAAAAUUGCCUUGCAUUAUCCGAGAAUAAAAUAAUUUGUAAACGAGAGUAAUGAG